AUGCUGGGCCGGGCGUUGAUUAUUUUCGCUUUAGCAGGGCUUUCGGCCGCGGUAUGCCCGAGGAGAUCGAUACCAGAAGGGCGGUACUGCCGAUUUUCGCUCGGAGUGAAGCUGCCGAUCAUUGAGGCGAUGACAGCUUGUGAAAAUCUGGACGCCAAAUACGCCGUGCCGGCUAACGAUACCAACACUAUUAUUCGAGCCGUAGAAUACAAAAAGGUCGUCGUGCAACAUCGUGACUUUUGGGUUCGAACGAUCCCGGGGCUGGUUGAAGUCGUCUGUCGCGGAAUUGCAGAGAAACAUCAAAUUUGCGCCAGCUGGGGCGAGAUCACCGAUAUGGAGGAAACCGAUCGACGCCGACUUCGCAGUGAUGGACAAUGUCCGCCAUGUCCUAGAGGGGAUAACAAGGAUAAAAAGACAAGGAUAUCCCUGCCGAUGAAUGCGGGGAUGGAUGGGAAAAAAGUGUUUGCAACCAAAACUUGCCACAAAUUGCUCGACGGCCAAGCUUUUUGGAAAGCCGAAAAAGAGUGCGUGGGUUUGGGAGGCCAUCUGGCGCCAAUUAGAAGCGCGGAUGAUCAGCUCAUCAUGAUAGGGAAGCAGAAGAAGUGGAGCCCUAGACACGCGAUCUGGAUCGGCGGCGUUCAGGUCGAUGAACCUCAACGGCGCAACGGCUUUCAUUGGCUGGAUCCGGCGGCUGGAAAUAUUACCUACAGCCACUACGGCCUAAACGAGCCAGCGGGUGCUAGAUUUUGUCUGUUUUUUGGAACACACGGAUUCUGGGGUAGCGAGGCGUGUAGUGAUGUACAACAGGCCUUUUGCCAGCGGCCGUUGGGACCGCCCAAGGUUCUCGCCGAUCCAAAGUGCGAGGACGGAUGGAUUCCUUGCAAGCAAUCGCAACGUUGUUAUAAGGCCGACGCGGUAGCGAUGGACUAUGUUACAGCGCGGGAGCACUGCCUGCAACAGGGCGCUGAUUUGGCGACGAUCCAUUCCUUUUGGGAAAAUGAGGCGGUGAUCGAAGCGGCGGCAGCGGUCAAUUCUGACAAAGCCUGGCUGGGAAAGCGCAGGAACGGCGAUCAAUGGCAGUGGGUUAAUAAUGAGCCCCAUGACUUUUCCAUCUGGCAUGCGGGCGACGUGAACACCUACAUCGGCGACUGUGCAAUUGUGUUUGGUGCCGUGGAAGCCACCGCCUUGGCCUGGUUGCAUCGUUGGGACAACGUCCACAUCAAAUCUGCACGAGCUGGGGUGAGAUCACCGAUAUGGAUGAAACCAAUCAACGUCGUCUUCGGAGCGAUGGGAAAUGUCCGCCAUGUCCCGCAGGCAAUGCACAAGCAAAGCCCAAAG